GUUGACACCACUCCGCCCACAAGACUGCCCACGUCCUGUCAGAAACUCUUGGAAAGACGUUUGCUGCUGCACAGAGAUAAACUCUCCUUAACAGUCACCUUAACUUUAUUUCAAUCACUUCUUCGCCAAUAGGCACAACAAAAUGGCUGAUGAACUUAAGGCCGUGAGAACGGAUUUUAUAGCCAAGGUUUCCUCGCCAGUGGUGGAACAACUUCUGGACAAGCUUCUUGAUGACUGCGUGUUGAACAGUACAGAGCAGGAGUCAGUAAUUGAGGGGCAAAACACCAACAGAAACAGGGCUCGUACCCUCAUAGACAUGGUGCGGAAAAAAGGUGAUGUUGCAGGCUGGAAGAUGAUCGCUCACCUUAAACAGAUUGACCAAAUGCUCUUCAAUGACUUGGGCCUCCCCAAUGAGCAACCCCAAGCCGCUUGCCAUUUGGAAUGCCAGUGGUCCACCACGCUUAUCCCCUGCAAACAGAAAUUCUGGAAUUCCAAGAAAAAUGACCCAAAGAUCUACCCCGUGACUAAAGAGUCCACACAGAGUCGUGUGGCUCUACUAAUCACCAAUAUAAAGUUUAAGGACAAGCGAUAUGACAGACAUGGAGCUGAGGCGGAUGAGCGGAACAUGGAGAGGCUGUUAUAUGCUUUAGGAUACGAGGUGGUCAAAAAAACGAACUGCACUGGAGAGGAAAUCGAGAAGGCCGUCAUCGACUUCUCCAAACAUCCAAAACUGAACAACACAGACAGUGUGUUUGUGGUGAUCAUGUCUCACGGGAAACUGGGAUCAGUCCUUGGCGUCAACUGGAACAAGGAGCAAAAAGAGGAAGAAGAAGAUGCGUUCGCCAUUGACAAUGUUUUUAAACACCUGGGCUCAGAGAACUGCAGUGCCCUCCUGGAUAAACCCAAGAUCAUCAUCAUCCAGGCCUGCAGAGGAGUGGAGAAAGGCUCAGUGCUCAUCAGGUAUCGCAGAAAGGGGAUUGCAUGUGAUUAUACCAACCAGUCAGGUGCGUCCGAUGACAAGAGCGAUACUGAGGAUGAUGGCUAUCAAUUUGUGCACAAAGAGAAGGAUUUCCUCGCUCUUUUCUCUUGCACCCCUGAUACUAUGUCAUACAGACACACACAGGACGGUGCUUUCCUUAUUCAGUAUAUUGUCGAUGCUCUGAACACUUAUGCAUGUGAAGAAGACAUUGAGGAGCUGUUCAGAAUGGUCAUGCAACGCUUUGAAACAAUGCCGUCUGUGACCCAGAAACAGAUGCCAACUAAAGAGCGAUGCACUUUGACAAGGCGCUUCUACCUGUUCCCGGCAAUUGACACCACACAUUUAUUCAGAGAACCACAUCCAAUAUACCUCUAAGCUACGCAACUGUGCAUUUGCGCACUUGUUGCACAACAGCUGGAUGUCUGUUUUAUUUUAUUUAUGUAUUUAUUUUUUAAAUCAAGGCAGCACACUGCCUCUCACAACGAGCUGCUGACAGGCCACACACUCUACUUCCUAGUUUACCUGACUCCGCCCCCUCCGCUCUUAAAGAGAUAAUUAUAAUUGGUGUGCAAUGUUAAAAUUCCACCUUGACACAGCCUGAUCGAGGAUGAAAGCACAGAUGAUACAGUGCCCCAAAAGCUAAUUCUGUAUUUUAAAUAUAGGAAGCAACAUAACAUUAACCCUAAAACUGUUUGGGAGCGUCAUUCAGCUUUCAAAAUGCAUUGCUAAAGAUAUUCUGCAAAUAAUAAUUCAGUUUUACACCAAGAAAAACAGACGGGGAUAGCAUUGUGGGUUAAAAAACAAAAAAAAGAAACAAAGUUGGAAGUCACAUUUCAAAUUAAUAGUUCAUAGUUGGCUUGGUUUGGUUAGCAAUGUAUUUUGUUUGUUGACAUUUUCAGGGUUAGUUUGCAAAAACACAAAAUUGUUCUUAAAGAUGUUAUGAUGGGAAUAUAAUCUGAACCUUUUGAGUCGUGUAACUUCAAUGGAUGACACUGAUUGACCACAGUGCGUACGUCUGAUGUUACUCACAGUGUUCAAAAGGAGCGCUUCAUGGCCUUAGUGUGUUUGCUCAGACACGUAAAAAAUUAGAGGGAAUAUGUUCAUCUGAGAUGUCACACUGGGGCGACCCCUAAAUGGACAAGCUGAAAGAAACGUACUAUUGACCACAUUGCUCUCAUUUUGUGGAAUAUACAGUAUCAUCAAUGAUAAAGUACUCCUUAUCAUACCAAUGACCGAUACCGUAUUCCAUUCCAGCAAAAUUAUGUACCUGUUUGACAUGACUUUAACCGAAAAAAAAAAAAAAGUGUAUACAUUACCGCAGAGGAACAGGAAACACAACAUAUCCAAAGUUUGUACUGUACAUUUUUUAUUUUCUGCGUGCAGUCCCUACAAUAUGUGUGUAACUGAUAUAUGUUUUCCUGUAUGACUCUGAGUGUUUAUGGUCUGACCAAUUUUCACUACAAAAAUAAAGCAUUU